CGAGGAAGUGAAACUCGGGGACGGACGGUCUCUGCUUAACGUCACUUCUUUAUCUUUUCAGGCGUGUGGAUUUGUCUGUGGAAAAUGUCGAACUAUAGACAACAGUGAAUGUACAAAUACUUGCAAAUUGACGAUUGAAACAAACAGAUGGGAUUCAGAGAUUCAGUAGAUUUACCAAACGUGAAAGUGAAAGUGGCCUACACAUAACACAUCAACUAGAGGGAAGCGUUUAUUUGGAUUAGGCUGCACUGAUUUUUUGAACAUGGCCUCUAAACUAGAAGAGGAGUUCUCUUGUCCUGUGUGCACUGAGAUCUACAAGGAUCCCGUCAUCCUGACCUGUACCCACAGUGUCUGCAAAGUCUGUCUGCAGCAAUUCUGGGAUACCAAAGGAUCAAGAGAAUGUCCAGUCUGCAGGAAUACAUCGCUGAAAGAUUCCCCCCUCCCAAAUCUGGCUUUAAAGAACCUGUGUGAGGCUUACUUACAAGAGAGAGAUCACAAAGACAUAGGCCUACUCUGCAAAGAUCACAAACAAAAAGUUGAGCUCUUCUGUCAAGAUGAUAAGCAGCUUGUGUGUCUGGUGUGUCUGUGCUCAAAAUUGCACAAGAAUCACAACUUCAGUCCUACUGUGGAGGCUGCGUCUGAGAUGAAGAGAGGGCUCAAGAUCAAACUACAGACUCUGCAGAAGAAACUGAAGGAUUUUGAGAAAGCUAAUGUCACCUGUGAGAAAACAGCUGGGUACAUUAAGACUCAAACCCAGAACACAGAGAAGCAGAUCAAGGAGGAGUUUGAGAAGCUUCACCAGUUUCUACGAGAUGAAGAGGCAGCCAGGAUAGCUGCACUGAGGGAGGAAGAGGAGCAGAAGAGUCAGAUGAUGAAGGAGAAGAUUGAGAAGAUGAGCAGAGAGAUCUCAUCUCUUUCAGACACAAUCAGAGCCAUAGAAGAGGUGAUGGGAGCUGAUGAUGUCACAUUCCUGCAGAGCUACAAGAGCACAGUGGAAAGAGCCCAGCGCACACUGCAGGAUCCAGAGAGGGUUUCAGGAGCUCUGAUCAACGUGGCAAAGCACCUGGGCAACCUGAAGUUCAGAGUCUGGGAGAAGAUGCAGGAGAUUGUUCAAUACACUCCUGUGAUUCUGGAUCCCAACACUGCAGCUGACUCUUUCAUCCUGUCUGAGGAUCUGACCAGUGUGACACAGAGUGAUGAGCAGCAGAAGCUUCCUGAUAACCCAGAGAGAUUUGACUUUUAUGCCUGCGUGCUGGGCUCUGAGGGCUUUAACUCAGGGACUCACUGCUGGGAUGUGGAGGUUGGGGGGAACACACACUGGAUCCUUGGUGUAAUGACCGAGUCUGCCCAGAGGAAGGGAGAAAUAAACAUUGAUGAUGGAUACUUCUACGUGGGUUGCAGUAAUGGACAAUAUAGGUCAUGCUCCACACCAGACGUGCCCUCCUCUCUGUCCGUGACCAAGAAACUGCAGAAGAUCCGAGUGAAACUGGACUGGGGAAAUGGACGGGUGUCAUUCUCAAACCCUGACAAUCACAAUCAUUUACACACAUUCAAAUGUACUUUCACUGAGAGAGUGUUUCCAUACUUUUCCUCUGGCCAUCCUCUGAGGAUCUUACCAGUGAAGGCCACACUGAGUCUGGCCCAGCACAGGUAGAGCUGCCGCUGCUUCGGUCGUCACCCACAACAUAAACAUUAAGGGUGCGAGUUUGACAGCAUAUUUUGCCGAUAGUGCAUGCACACUGUGGUCAGAAUGACCCUCCCGAAGUGGGAAGAAUCAAGCCAAACUACUUAAUUAAUAAAUAGAUCAGACUUUAGCACUGGUUGCAUGUGAUUGGUUUAUUUAAUUUUCAGAAUUUUCAGAGUCCACCUUGACAGCUACCUACAGUAUAUCACCGCCGGACUUGGGCCCUAAGUCCGGCAGGAUACUGAAUGAAAGCUGUCAUUCUUCUGUCAUUGUAUAUCAUAUACUUUAAUAAUCUUCCUUUUUGUAAUCUUCCUUAACAAUAAACAAAGAUAUUCGA